CUCACAGCUGACGGGCGGCCUCCCCUUUAAAGCAGCGCAGUGAUGAGGAGGCGCUGCUGGGCGGCGGAGGCUGAGCGCUCAUCGGCGGGGGAUCCGCUGGCUGUCAUUUCUUUCUGUCAUGUCCAGCUUCGUCUGACCAGAUGAUGAAGAAAACUGCCUCCAUAUUCAUCUGUGAUGUGAGCCGGACGCGGAGGAGGAGGAGGAGGAGGUCCUGAACGGUGCGCAUGUGGCGGAAGGUUUUUUUUUUUUUCUUCUUUUUUUUUUGGCCCAUAUGGAGCUGAAAUCUCAAAUCGCUCAAUAUCAAGGACGCGCUCUUCAUCUGUGUUUUUAAUUUAAUUCUUCCCCAUCAGCGAAUGAUUGCUGUUGAAACACUGGAUUAGGAAACCAUAUUGUUCCGAUCCAAGUGCUGUGUCAGCCUCCCAGCUGAUGGGGGGCAACAUGAAUCCUGCGCUUGGAUAAAAUUAGACGCUUUUUUUCCCCCUUUCUUUCUUUUUGGGGUUUAUUUUCGCGACGCAUGGCGCAGGUUCGCUGCGAGGAUGUGAUCGGACAGGGAUCCCUGCUUUCUCGCUCCGCUGCUGCCUCCUCACACAGUCGCUCAUGAUGCCCAGGGCUGUGCGGAGGCUGGUCCAUUUGGUGCUGUUCUGCCCUCUGUCCAAAGGUCUGCAGAGUCGCCUCCCAGCCAUCAAGGUGAAGUACCUCCUCCUGGCCUGGCUGGGCAUCCUCAUCGCCAGCUGGGUCAUCUACAUGCAGUAUGCCUCGUACUCCGAGCUCUGCCGCGGGCACGUCUGCCAUGUGGUCAUCUGCGAUCACUACAGAAGGGGCAUAAUAUCAGGCUCCUCCUGCAAGGCGCUGUGUGACCAGAGGACUCUAACCCUGCAGCGCUGCAUGUCCACCUCCUCCACACAUCAGGUGUACAGCGGACUGUGGAAGGAGAGACCGGUUGUGAUCAAGUGCACCAUCGAGGAUCCGGUGAAGAUCGACGGGGCUCCGGACUCCGUGCUGCGGCAGGAGAUGACCUUGUUCGACAAACCCACUCGUGGAACCUCUAUGGACGAAUUCAAAGAGAUGCUGCACAGUUUCCUCAAGGUGAACCUUGGCGAGCAGUCAUCUCUGAGCAGCUUGGUGGACCGCGUCAUCACCCUGGCAGAUGUCAACCAGGAUGGCAAAGUGUCUCUAGCGGAGGCCAAGUCCAUCUGGGCUCUCCUCCAGAUCAACGAGUUCCUCCUGAUGGUGGCGCUGCAGGAGAAGGAGCACACCCCCAAGCUGCUCGGCUUCUGCGGCGACUUGUACGUGACGGAGCGCGUUGGCCACAGCUCCCUCUACAGGCUGGAGGUGCCUCACUACCUGCAGGCUCUGGUCCCAGAGGCCUUGAGCUCCAGCCUGAACCACUGGCUCGCGCCGGCCUGGCCCCGCAGGGCUCGCAUCACCAUCGGCCUGCUGGAGUUUGUGGAGGAGGUCUUCCACGGGUCGUACGGGAGCUUCCUCAUAUGCGACGCCAGCCCCCGCCACGUGGGCUACAACGCCAAGUACGACUGCAAGAUGGCCAACCUGCGCAGCGUGGCGUCUGAGGCAGUUGUGCGGGGAUAUCUGAGGGGCCGGCGAUGCGAGACCAACGCAGACUGCACUUAUGGCCGGGACUGCACGGCCACCUGCGACCGACUCGUGAAGCAGUGUAACACCGAGGUCAUGCAGCCGAAUCUGGCGAAGGUGUGCGUGCUGUUGCAGGAUUACCUGCUUUUUGGAGCGCCGUCGGACCUCCGGGGGGACCUGGAGAAGCAGCUCCGCACCUGUGUGACGCUCAGCGGCCUGGCGAGCCAGAUGGAGGUGCAUCACUCUCUAGUCCUGAACAACCUGAAGACGCUGCUGUGGAAGAAAAUCUCCAACACUCAGUACUCCUGAGAGCAGAUGGAGUCGAUCCAACCUGUACCUCCACAUGACGAGUGAACUAUGAGUCAUUCCUGCUUCUGAAGCUUUGCCAAAUGUUAAAGAGGGUGGCGGUUAUAAAUGUAGUGUCACUCCACACUGACUGUGAAUAACAGCACACUGUGACACAAUGAAUAUACAAUACGAAACAGCUGACGGCGCAGAUUUAUUCAACGAGCCUCAUACGGGCCCCCAUAGUGCUUUUGUUUAUUCCCCGAUGCGUUACAUUUUGAGAAGCACACUCAUCUGUUUAGACGUUAUUCUCAGGGCAACGCCUACGACUUAACUUGUAAAACAAUCUGUGAGUAAAUAAUCUGUUUUUAAACGUAGUUUCAUAGGAUAUUCUUUUGUUUGUCGCUGGUAGAGACAGAGAGUCAAAUUGUGAAGAGGUGUGAUAGUUUUUUUUUUGUACAACUGUAAAUAUAUGUGGAGCGUCGUGUUUUGUCGCUGGGUGUAAGAGGAUCCACUCGUGAAGCGGAGGGGUCGAUACAAAUGAUGGAUGGAAUAACGCGUAUAGCACUGAAGUGUCCCUCCUGGUAUCGAUCUGAUAUUGAUGAUGUAUUGAAAUCGACCCAUGAACAUACUGGAGUUGUAAAGGACAAUCAAGACAUGAUUAAACUUGAAUUCACUUCUCGACCAUGAAUACGUUGCGUCCGAAAAUUGAUUUUCAGCAGAGUUUGAUUAAAAAUGUAUAAAUCUAAA